AUGGCAGCAGACCCUCUCCCCGCCGAAGUGCAAGCUUCCUACUCGGUCAUUAUCGACGAAAUCCUACGCGCCAGCGACAUCAACACCAUCAGCGCAAAGCGCAUACGGAAAGGAUUACAAGAGAGAGUCGAGGAUGACCUUUCACAGCAGAAGGACCAGAUUACCGUGCUCAUUAUGCAGCGGUUUGACAAAUUCAACAACGAGCAGAAUGGCGGAUCCGAGGUUUCUGAACCUAUACCCACAGUCGAGAACGGCGCAAAGGCCUCGAAUGACGAUACCUCCGACGUCUCCCACAACAAGCGAUCGCCGCCCGAUGACGAGUCAGCGCUGUCUGAGGUCGAAGAUGUUGCGCCUCCUAAGAAGAAGGUCAAGAAGACCAAGGUCAAGGACGAGGAUGACGAUGCUGCAUUCGCGGCGAGAUUACAGGCUGAGGAGAAUGCGCGCAUGGGUAGGGCGACACGCGGCGGGAACACAAAGCGGAAAGUAGCUGCGCCGAAGAAGACCAAGACCAAGAAGAAGAGCUCGACCAGGAUCAAGGAUGAAGACGACAGCGACAUCGCAUCAGGUAGUGGAGGCGAGAAGAAGAGCCCGAGCCGGAAAGGAGGUUUCCAUAAACCCAUGGCUCUCUCACCAGCCCUCUCCGAACUCCUCGGCGAAACCCAGCUCUCGCGCCCCCAGACCGUUAAGAAGAUAUGGGAGUACGUCAAGGAGCGCGAGCUACAAGACCCGGACGACAGGCGCCAAAUCCGCUGUGACGAUGCCAUGCGGGCAGUCUUCAAACAGGACCGCGUCCACAUGUUCACCAUGAACAAGAUUCUUAACCAGAAUCUCUACGCCGUAGACGAGGUCGUCGAAUGA